UACAGCUUUGCCGUCAGGGUAGCUCCUUCCGAGCUGCCCAAACUGAGGACCAGUUUUCCUCACAGGAGGAGGCUGGUGGGGCCUAGGGUGUUAGGGGUACGACGGUUGGCUCUUUCACAGAACGGGUGUGUUCCGUUCUGCGUUUGAGUCUGCCGCCUUUGGGCGUCUCCCUCUGAGAUGUCGGUUAGGAUUUCUUUUUUUUAUAUGUCCGUGUGUGUAACUGUUGCCUUUUAGCCUGUUGUGUUCCUGAGCAGCAAGAAGAGGAGGCUGUGGUGACCCGCCCGAUGCGGAAGGCUUCUGGGCCCUGUCGGCGGGGGCGCACCUCUCUGGCUGACUGGUUGACCAGGCUUUGACCAGGUGGCUGGGGAGGCGCAUCCUCGCUGGGCGGGGUCUGGGGGCCCUCCGUCUUGGGGAGGUCGCUGCAGCAGGAGGAGGUAACUACUGCUGGUUUUGUAAGGCAUUGUGGUUGAGAGCACCUUGCAGCUGUAACGCGAAUUUCGUUCCGUAAUAAACAAUGUACCGCCAUGCUGCCUGUCCUUCCUCCCUCCCAGCACUGUGUACGUCUGUGUGUGUGUGUUGCUUAAUUCUCCCUCACUGCACUGUGCGUACGUCUGUGUGUGUGUGUUGCUCUGUCUCUGUCUCUCUCUCUGUCUCUGUCUGUCUCUCUAUCUCUGUCUCUGUCUGUCUCUCUAUCUCUCAAUCUCUCUCUGUGUCUUUCUCUCUCUCUCUCUCUCUCUAGUUAGUAAAGAACAGGCAACGUUUGCCAUGGAAGACUCUACAGUAUACAUAAGACUACAGUGUACAUCCCAACCCUCUACGGCCGUUGCUGCUCCACCCGGGCAUUACCACAUCCACUCGAGUCUCCAAGAAACCUCCACGGCCGAGCUUCAACCACAGAACACACCGCUACCGUUGAUGAGGUUCCACGCCCCGGACUACCGCCAUGUUAGCCUCGAUAAUAGUCCUCGGCGCACUUAUUCUGAGACGUCCUGGUGAGUGAGUGCCCUAAUUGCCUUCAUGGAUAAUGUCACAGGUAUCCAAUGGUUCAGGUGUGAUGUCAGAUAUUUUUGUUAUUGUGUCGUAAAUAUCCAGUGAUUAUUUCCGAGUCGCUGAAUGUUCAUCGCACACAGUUUGUCUUUGAGUAAAAACACUAAUUAAUUAAUAUCCAUGAUCGGUUAGGUUACGAACUCCCUCAAUUUCAGGCUGGAGAGCUACACAACACUGGUCAUCCGCUGAGUGGUUGAAUUCCUGGUCUACCGGCCCCUGGAGGAGUGGUCGAUUUCCUGGUCUACCGUGGAUAUGAGUGGUUGAUUCCCUGGUCUACCCCUGGAUGACGCGGCUGUUCCUAUGCAGGGGAGGACUCACACAAGCGAUAAGCACCUGUCAGACCUGGAGACUCCCCCUUGAGCCUGACCGUGGAGCUGUGGGCCCUGCAUCAGACCCCCAAUCCCCCCACACCACCCACAGCAGGGGCAGGGUGUUGAGACUACCCCCACAGGCUAAGACAGGGAGGGACUUGAAGAUCCAGGUUUUUGUCAUCUGCACAGGAAUUGACACAUGGUAUUUGGGAGCAAUGUCUAAGGUUUCGCCCAUGCAGCUGAAGGGUGCCAAUGCCUACACAUGCAUCGACCACAGGUGUGCGCUGGACAUUGCCUACAAUUCAUGGUGCAAAUGGUAUGUUGGAGGAAUUCUUUGAUGUAUUUGAGGGACUGGGAUGCCUGCUGGAUGGUACAGGUAAUUUACUUGGAUCACAACUGAGAGAGCCUGGGUUUGAUUCCCGGGCAGAGUGGAAAAAUUUGGGCGGCUUUUCCGAUACCCUACGCCCCUGUCCACCCAGCAGUGAAUGGGUACCAGGUAUUAAUCGGGGGUUGUGUCCCAUCUCCUGGGGUCUGUUCCCUUCUCCUAUAAUUCCUUCCCCUUCUGUCUCUCUCUGGCAUAUGAUCACAGAUGUUGCACUGCCCACUAAACAAAACUUUACAACUUUCCAACAGUUGAAUUAUAGUUUAAUCCAAGUGUUGUCCCUGUGGCUCACCCUCCUAGAGAAAUACCUGUUGCUCUGAGAGGUAAACUUAAGAAGGAAUAGACCAUAUGGAAAGAUUAGGUAUCAUUAUUGAAGAAAAUACACCCACAGACUGGCUCAAUAGUAUGCUUGUAAUUG